AUGGGCUACUACGCUCUUCCUCUUCCUCUCUCUUCGUACCCUCCGGUCUCGAAGAUUAUGAAUCUGGCGCAGGCUGCUGAGCGACCCUACACUUUGACUCUUGCGCAGACGCGUGCAGUUUUAGAAUGGCUCCGCCGAGAGUCACAGGCAUCAGCAUCUGGUUCGUUGACAAGCACUAAGGGCAGCACAGCUCGACUGGUAUUCCUUGUACUCCUUGGGGAUUAUGCAAGCCGACUGUGGAAGUGCCUUCGGAAAGCAUCGAUCGCUCUCAAAGACGACCUACCGGAUCGUGUAGGCGCAUUCCAGAAAAUGCUGAUCGUCGAAGCCAAGUACGGGGACGGCGAGUACCGCGCCACCCUACUUGCCUGUGUCAAUUACUUACGAGAGCAUGUAAUGGAUGUGGACGACAGGAUGGCACGUCUGGCAAUACAAAUCUACACGGAACGAAACGAGGCCUGCCAUACAGCUGGAAAUAUAUCGCCGGCGACUUGCAAGCACUGGGCAAACUUAGCGACACGUUUGAGAUGCCUCCCAAGUACUGCCAGAAGCCUAAGUGGCAAAACAUGA